CACGCGAGGGCAGGGGCCCCGUCAGCCCACACCUCAAGGCGCGCCCGAGGGCGCCCGACGGCGCGCGGCCCACGGCCGCGGCGGCAGGGGGUCACGGGGCGCGUGUUGCCGCCGCGGGUGGCGCGGUGAGCGCAAGCACGGCCGUCGGUGCGGCCGGCUCGCGGGCGUCCCUGGCUUGGCUGCCGGCGUCAGCAGCAGCAGCAGCAGCAGCAGCAACAGCAGCAGCAGGGCCGGCAGGCGAGGGAUGGGGUGCAAGUGCCCACCCCUGCUUGCCCAACCAAGCGCGGCCGCACGCGGACGCGGCGGCAGCGCAGCAGCAGGCAGGGGCGGGGCCUGGGGGUGUGACGCACGGGUGGCUGCCGCACGUGCUGCCAGGCGCCUACAACGCAGCCGCGUGCAUGGGGCCAGCGGCCCAGCAGCCGUGGGGGCCGUGGGGCUCGCCCCAUGCGGUCUGCCCGCCCAACUUCCCGCAGCAGCACGCCCACCAGCCGUACUGGGCCCAGCAGCCGCAGCAGCACCCACCCCCCAGUGACUGGUCGCACGCACAGCAGCAGCACGCCCCCUGGGGCGCCCCCGCGCCGCAGCAGGCCCCGUGGCCGCCGCCGUGGCCGGGCGCGCCGCAGUGGCCUGCGCCGCACUCGGCGCCGCUGGCGCAGCCGCAGCCGCCGCCGCACUGGGCCGCGGGGCCGGGCAGCCCGCUGGUUCCCACGCUGCUGCACUACCGGCCGACUGUGAUGCGAUGCAGGACGGCGUCCGCAGGAGGCAGCAGCGCCGGGAGCUUCGCGGCAGCUGCCAUGCCGACCGCCGCGGAGCUCUGGGGGUACCCCUGCGCGACUGAUGUGGCUCUUCGCGGUGGCUGCGACCGCGCCCGGCAGCAGCAGCAUCAGCAGCAGCAGCAGCAGCCGGCGGGCAAGCAUACGUGCGCGCAGCCGUUUGAUGGGGCAGAGGGCGAUGCAGCGCCUGGAAGCUGGGACCAGCAACUGCAACAGCAGCAGCAGCAGCAGCAGCAGCAGCAGCAGCAGUACCAGCUGCACCAGCAGCGGCCCGACGUCUGGCCAAGUAGGGGCGUUGGCCCGACCGGCGGCACCGCACCUCAACGGCUUCAGCAGCAAGGCGCGCUUGCGGCGGGUGCUGGCGGCAACGGCGGUGGUGGCGCGCGCGCCGGGAGCGGCCUCAUUCACGUGGCGCCCUCUAAGCUCGGCCUGCUGCUGUCAUGA